AUGAGAACUGCGUCGUCGCUCGCGCUCGCGGGCCUGCUCGUCGCCAAGGCAGCGGCAACCUGCGACAGCAACAAGUUGACACCCGAGAAGCUGGCUGCCGAUAUCACGACCGGCGAGCUCCAGAACAACCUCUGGAACCUCAACCACAUUGGCAACCUGAAUGGAGGUAACCGCGCCUUUGGCCUGCCCGGCUACAAGGCAUCGGUCGACUAUGUGCUCGGCCGUGUUGCUCGCGAAGACUUCAGCAGUUUCACCACCUGGACCCAGUCCUUCGUCGCCUUCUUCUCGCAGACCCGCAGCCUUGAGCUUACUGGACCUGAUGGCGAGGCUGUCGAGACCGUUGCCAUGCUGUACAACCCGGGCACUGAGCUGCCCGACGGCGUGACUGCCCCACUAGUCAGUGUUCCGGUCGAUGAUGAGCGAGGCUCUGGCUGUUUCGAGGAUCAGUACGAGGGCAUCGAUGUCGAGGGCAAGAUUGCGCUCGUCCGGAGAGGAGUCUGCGCCGUCUCGGACAAGCUCAAGGUCGCCAAGGCCAAGGGUGCUCUUGCGCUCGUCAUGUGGCACCAAGCCGAGGGCACGCCCACCGUCGCUACUCUGGGGGUCGAGAACAUUGGCCUUCUCAUUCCCAUUGCCACUGUCUACAAGGCAGUCGGCGAGGCCUGGGUCGCCCGCCUCGCGGCCGGCGAAGAGCUGACAGUCCACCUCGUCAUCGACGCCAUCUUUGAGGACCGCGAGACCUGGAACGUCUUUGCCGAGACCAAGGAGGGUGACCCCAACAACGUUGUUAUGCUUGGUGCCCACCUCGACUCCGUCCAGGCCGGACCGGGUAUCAAUGAUGACGGCUCCGGCACCACUGCCCUGCUUGAGAUUGCCACCGCGCUGCGCAGGUACACGGGCAUCAAGAACAAGGUCCGUCUCGCCUGGUGGGGUGCCGAGGAGAGCGGCCUGCUCGGCUCGCUGCACUACACCGAGACGCUGCCCGCGGAGGAGGCCGACAAGAUCCGUGUCUACUUCAACUACGACAUGAUCGGCUCGCCGUUCCCCGAGUUCGCCGUGUAUGACGGCUCCAACGCAGGCGACCGUGUCGUCUCGCAGCCCCUGUUCGACUAUCUUGUCGCCGCUGGCAAGCCCGCCUACUACGGCGGCUUCGGCUCGUCCUCUGACUACGUCGGCUUCCUGCAGCUCGGUAUCCCGUCGUCUGGCCUGUUCACCGGAGCCGGCGCACCCACCGACCCGUGCUACCACCUGGCCUGCGACACGCUGGACAACAUCGACUGGGACGGCCUGACCGUCAACGCCAAGGCUGCGGCCACUGUGGCGGCCAAGUUCGCUCUGGACCUCGAGGGAGUGCCCCCACGCACCAAGACCACAGUCAACAAGCGUUCGCGCAACUCGAUCCGCGCGCAGUUCCAGAAGUGGGCCAGAGCCAAGGAGUCUGGCGUGCUUAACAAGUCCUGCUCGCACGGCGAGAAGACUACCGUGUAG